AUGGCUACUCACAACAACGGCUUUGAAGCCGAAAAAGUAGACUCGCACACCAAACAUGUCGAAUUAAGCGCCGACUCAGCGCUGGCCCAGGCGGCCGACUUUGAAGACCAUGAACUAGGCAUAUGGAAGUCCUUCGUUCGAUACCCAUGGGCAUCUGCAUGGUGUGUUUACGCCUGCUGGACUAUUAUUCUCCUCAGUUUCGACGUUCAGGCCGCAGGGGCUGUCGUAGGUAUUCCCGAGUUCCGAAAGGACUUUGGAUACGAGUUUGAGGGCAACUACGUCCUUCCAGCUGUGUGGCAAUCUUCAUUCAGCGGCGCCCCCGUUGCAACAGCUGUGAUCUCAUCAAUUGCCUCCGCUGAGUUGGCCGAUUUUAUCGGAAGAAAAAAGGUCCUUGCCCUCGCCCUCCUCAUAUCCUUUGUUGCAGUUGCCAUCGAGUUCAUCGCAACUACAAAUGCUGUUUUCUUUGCCGGUAAGCUUCUCAAUGGUUUUAUGGUAGGUGCAGUCGGCACGAUCAUGGUCUCGUACAUCGGCGAGAUUACUCCUUUGGCCUUGCGUGGUAUCUUCACCUGUGGUGUUGGUGUAGCGUACGGCAUUGGGCCAUUGGUUGCUUUCAUCGUCACCAACUAUACGGGGACAGUCCAGUCGCGUUGGGCGUAUCGCACAGUGUUCUGUUGCCAGUUCGGCUUUGCAGGAGUUGCGGCCAUUCUUUGGCCAUUUAUGCCCGAGUAA